CCUUACUAUUAUAUUGAUAUGUGUUCACGGCUUUCUAAUUAGUUUUCCACGUUUUGACAGCGUGACAUCCCAAGUGCCUACCAUUUGUGCAGAAAUCCCUCGUUUGAUUUUCAUUUUUGACCAGCAACCCCAUUACCCGGUUAUUCCACAGACUGUUCUGUAAUGAACUGUUCUGUAAUACUCGCCCAAAUGACGUACAUCUUUGUAUACGGCACCCUGAAAAGAGGUCAACCCAAUUAUUACAGAAUGUUGGACGCAGCCAACGGCAAGGCUGAGUACUGUGGCAGGGCUCGCACAGUGGAGAAGUACCCUCUGGUGAUCGCCGGCCGGUAUAACAUCCCUUUCCUCUUGAACGAACCCGGGGAGGGCCAGCGAGUGCAUGGUGAGAUCUACAGUGUCGACGACCAGAUGUUGUCGUUCCUCGACCGUUUCGAAAGCUGUCCGACUAUUUAUCAGCGUACAAAUGUCAAGUUAGAGGUGGAUGAAUGGGUGGGGGAAGGAAGCGAUAGUCCUAAAGUAGGCAGUAUUUUCGAGGCUUUCGUGUAUAGUACCACCACUUACCAACCCGAGUGGCGCAGCAAUCCCACUUAUGAGUCUUAUGAUGCCUAUGGUGAUCACGGCCUUGCGUAUGUUGGCCGUGAAGCCAGAGACGAGUGAUAAUCUCAGUUUUCUGAAUUUUACUGGAUCAAGGCAUGCAGAAAUGGGAAGUCAAGAUUAGUCAACUUUAAAUGACAUAAUUAUUUGAAACGAAGCCUUCUAUGCUCUUUUCCCCCUUUGCCCUCUCAGCUAAUAUUUGGUUUUAAAGACACGUAAAAAGAUGUAGGAUAAGAAUUUAGUAUAGAAGUAUAGAACGUUAAAUACAUUCAGCUGAGAUAACUUUAAGCAACAUUAAUAUCGGCUCGAAAUGAUUUGAGAUAUUAUAAGCAUUUUUAUAACGUCUUAUGCCACCUUUAGAGUAUGUUGAAACUCAGCUAACAAUGAAACUGUAAUACAGCAGAAGCCUCACAGUCUUGUCUCAAGGUAAAAACACAAUGUUGAAAAAAUGAACACUUGAUUAACAUUUUAGUACUGCUUGUCUAUUAUAAUACUUUGAAUGUUUCUCAAUGUUUUGACAGUCAUACUGAAGUAAAUUUCAUUCAGAAAUGUUGUUCAUCAGAGUAAUCCUCAGGUAUAUUCAGUGCUAUCUGUUUUUCCGUAAUGAUGAUUUUUUCUUAAAGACAAGUCUACAAACUGUUACUGACUCUUUGAUGCUGUAAGUUUGACCCUUGUAUCAACAAGGCUGUAAAGAAAGUAAUAACACAUAUUUGUACUCAGUACAUAGCAGAAAAGGUAUUUAGGAAUAGUUUUUUUUCUUUUAGUGGGCA